AUGAAUUAUUUGGGUUGGCAAGGGAAUGAAUCAUCUAGGAGUGAAAUUAUUUCUAUGGAGAUUGAGAUGGCUAUAAACGGAUUGAAACGUUUCGUGGCGUCCGAUCAAGGGUACUUGCUCCUUGGGAAUAAUUCACCUAAUCCAGAAUGCUCUCUCAGUGCUAUCUGCAAUCUAUUGUUCAGUUGCAAGGAGAUUAGACAAAUCUUCCAAGAUUACUGCCAAAAUGAGAUUCUCGAUUUGAUGACUGCGAUAUUUAGAAGAGAUAAGCAAACUACCAGUGACUUGAGACGGAUUCUGGGUGGAACGUUUGAAAAUGGAGUACAUAAUAAACUGAAAGUCGACCUAACCCCCAUUCAAUUUCUGGAACAAUACGAGAAAAAUUGUGAAUGGUGUACUAAAAGUGAUAGUAGAAGUACAGGAGAAGUUAAGGAAUCGAGUUAUCUCUGGGUCCGGAAGUCUGGAACAUUCCAGCAAAGUUUAGAAGAUUCCUACAUGCCAACACUGUGCUCGGAACGAUGUGAGCACAGUUGUGGUGGAAGAAUGUAUCGGAAGAGAGUGGUCACUCCAAAAGGUCGUUAUCAUGUCAUGAUGGUGGAUCACGGAGGAAAUAAAAUUUUUAAUCUAACCACAGACUCCAAAGUGGAGAUGUUUGGAUUCAAAUGGACUGUGAUCUUGUUUGCAGAAUUCUGUCCAAGCAGUAAUGGCCACUAA